GGUCGGCAUGGAAAGGGUGACCAUGGUGACCUUGAAGCCCACGUCCAUCUCCAGCAGCUGUGCGGUCCCUGUUGGUCCCCGUGCUCCUUCCACUCUGGCCUCUGGUCACUUCAGUCCCUCCCUUUGCUUGAGCUAAAAAAGUUCCAGCCUCUUCACUGUCCCUUGGGACUUCCGGUGCCUGCCUGCCUCUGGAGUAGCCACGGAAUGUGGGGGAAGGGUUCGUCCCAAGGGAAGGGGCUGCACGGCUCUGGGCCCCUGUGGGUCCUGAAACCUGGCCCUAGUCCGCCACCACCCUUCCCUGGCUCAUUUUCCAGAGGAGCCGUCUGCGCUACGCCCCUCCCUCGACAGCUCCGGGUGAGCUGUGGUAGGAGGAAGACUCCCGCCAGGAGCAGGGUCCGAGAGACGAGCUGGAGGUCGCCCCGUGUGCCAGGAACUAUUUCCUCCUCCUGGAGGCGGCGGGACACUGGGCGUGGCGCGCCACCCUGCGACCAGGUGUGCUCCGGUGAGGCCCAGGGCGGGUCGAGGCUCCGCCCCUGCGCUCUGGGAGCAGUCGAUUGGCUGGAGAGCUGCCCCGCCCCUGGAGAGCGCCCUUGUCAGGGCCCCGCCUCGGGGGCGCGGGGCUGCGGGGGCCGGCCGGGCCCGGGGGCGGGCUCUCGGAGUCACGGCCCGGCCGGCUCGCCCUCUAUGUAAAUAGCGUCGGCUCCGCCGCCCUUGCGCCCCGCCUCUCCCGGCGCCCCGCGCUGGAGGUGAGCAGGAAGGAGGUGGCGGCCGGCAGCCCGUGGGCCAGCGCGAAGGAGCGAGCGAAGCCGGCUGCAGGCGCAGAGACUCCCGAGGCCCUGGUGGGGGCCGGCCCGGGUUUCAGGUCUCCAGUGGGAAGCUACAAACGAAGCAAGAUGAGGCGUUUCCUGAGACCAGGGCACGACCCUGCACGGGAGAGGCUCAAGCGAGACCUGUUCCAAUUUAACAAGACUGUGGAGCAUGGCUUCCCGCACCAGCCCAGUGCCCUGGGCUACAGCCCCUCCCUGCGCAUCCUGGCCAUCGGCACACGCUCUGGAGCCAUCAAGCUCUACGGUGCUCCUGGAGUGGAGUUCAUGGGACUUCAUCGGGAGAACAACGCUGUGGUACAGAUCCACUUCCUGCCUGGCCAGUGCAAGCUGGUCACCCUGCUGGAUGACAACAGUCUGCAUUUGUGGAGCCUGAAGGUCAAGGGCGGAGUGUCAGAGCUGCAGGAGGAUGAGAGCUUCACUCUGCGUGGCCCCCCAGGGGCUGCCCCCAGUGCCACGCAGAUCACUGUGGUCCUGCCUCACUCCUCCCAAGAGCUCCUCUACCUGGGCACCGAGAGCGGCAACGUGUUCGUGGUACAGCUGCCCAGCUUCCGCGUGCUGGAGGACCGGACCAUCAGCUCAGAGGCUGUGCUGCAGUGGCUGCCCGAGGAGGCCUGCCAGCGGCGAGUGUUUGAGAUGGUAGAGGCUCUGCAGGAACACCCUCAAGACCCCGGCCAGAUCCUGAUCGGCUACAGUCGGGGCCUGGUCAUCAUCUGGGACCUGCAGGGCAGCCGUGUGCUCUGCCAUUUCCUCAGCAGCCAGCAACUGGAGAAUGUCAGCUGGCAGCGGGAUGGCCACCUGAUUGUCACUUGCCACUCCGAUGGCAGUCACUGCCAGUGGCCUGUAUCCAGUGACACCCAGCAGCCAGAGCCCCUGCACAGCUCCAUGCCUUAUGGCCCAUUUCCUUGCAAAGCUAUUACCAAAAUCUUCUGGCUGACCACUAAACAAGGGUUGCCCUUCACCAUCUUCCAGGGUGGCAUGCCGCGGGCCAGCUACGGGGACCGCCAUUGCAUCUCCGUAUUCCACGACAGCCAGCAGACGGCCUUCGACUUCACUUCCCGAGUCAUUGACUUCACUGUGCUUGCUGAGGCGGACCCUGCGGCAGCUUUUGAUGACCCCUACGCCCUCGUGGUGCUGGCUGAGGAGGAGAUAGUGGUUAUUGACCUGCAGACACCAGGCUGGCCCCCAGUGCAGCCACCCUACCUGGCCUCCCUGCACUGCUCGGCCAUCACCUGCUCCCACCAUGUGUCCAACAUCCCCCUGAAGCUGUGGGAACGCAUCAUUGCCGCCGGCAGCCGGCAGAAUGUACACUUCUCCACAAUGAAGUGGCCCAUUGAUGGUGGCACCAGCCUGGCCCCAUCCCCACCCCAGAGGGACCUGCUGCUUACAGGGCAUGAGGACGGGACGGUACGGUUUUGGGAUGCCUCCGGUGUCUGCUUGCGGCUGUUGUACAGACUCAGCACAGUGCGGGUGUUCCUCACUGACACGGAUGCCAGCGAGAGCCUCAGCGCCCAGGGUGAGGAGGAGUGGCCCCCCCUGCGCAAGGUGGGCUCCUUUGACCCCUACAGUGACGAUCCCCGACUGGGCAUCCAGAAGAUCUUCUUGUGCAAGUACAGUGGCUACCUGGCUGUGGCAGGCACAGCAGGACAGGUGCUGUUGUUGGAGCUGAAUGACGAGGCAGCAGAGCACGCUGUGAAGCAGGUGGAGGCCGACCUGCUGCAGGACCAGGAGGGUUACCGCUGGAAAGGGCAUGAGCGCCUGGCAGCCCGCUUGGGGCCUGUGCGCUUUGAGCCUGGCUUCCAGCCCUUUGUGUUGGUGCAGUGCCAGCCCCCAGCUGUGGUUACCUCCUUGGCUCUGCACUCUGAGUGGAGGCUUGUGGCCUUUGGCACUAGCCAUGGCUUCGGGCUCUUUGAUUACCAGCAGAGGCGGCAGGUCUUUGUUAAGUGCACACUGCACCCCAGUGACCAGCUAGCCUUAGAGGGCCCGCUGUCCCGCGUGAAGUCCCUCAAGAAGUCCCUGCGUCAGUCCUUCCGCCGGAUGCGCCGCAGCAGAGUGUCUAGCCGGAAACGCCCGCCAGGUGGUACCCCAGGAGAGAUGCAGACAGCAGGCACAAAGGCAGAGCAGACAGGCCUGCAGAACAUGGAGCUGGCGCCCGUACAGCGCAAAAUUGAGGCCCGCUCAGCUGAGGACUCCUUCACAGGCUUUGUUCGGACACUCUACUUCGCUGAUACCUUCCUGAGGGACAGCUCCCACCACUGCCCCUCACUGUGGGCUGGCACCAAUGGCGGCACUGUCUAUGCCUUCUCCUUGCGUGUGCCCCCUGCCGAGCGAAGAAUGGAUGAGACGGUAUGGGCAGAGCAGGCCAAGGAGAUUCAGCUGAUGCACAGAGCACCUGUGGUGGGCAUCCUGGUGCUUGAUGGAUGCAGCAUACCCCUUCCUGAGCCCCUGGAAGUGGCCCAUGACCUGUCAAAGAGCCCAGACAUGCAGGGAAGCCACCAGCUGCUUGUGGUGUCAGAGGAGCAAUUCAAGGUGUUCACCCUGCCCAAGGUGAGUGCCAAGCUGAAGCUGAAGCUGACAGCCUUGGAGGGAUCACGUGUGCGGCGGGUUGGUGUGGCCCACUUUGGCAGCUGUCAGGCCGAAGAUUAUGGGGAACACCACCUGGCGGUUCUCACCAACCUGGGCGACAUCCAGGUGGUCUCACUGCCCCUACUGAAGCCCCAGGUUCGAUAUAGCUGCAUUCGCCGAGAGGACGUCAGUGGCAUUGCAUCCUGUGUCUUCACCAAAUAUGGCCAAGGUUUCUACCUGAUCUCACCCUCAGAGUUUGAGCGCUUUUCUCUUUCCACCAAGUGGCUGGUAGAGCCACGAUGUCUGGUGGAUUCAGCCAAAAUCAGGAACCACAGUCACCCUAAUAAUGGCGACAGUAUUGGCCCUGAGAAGAUUGUGGGCAGGGCCAGAAACUCGGGGAGCCAGCAUGAUGGAGAAGGGAAGAAGCCUGGCCCCGUGAUGGAGCAUGCACUGCUCAGUGAUGAGCGAGUCCUGAAGGAGAUCCAGAGCACACUGGAGGGAGACCGAGGCAGCGGCUAUGGCAACUGGCGUUCUCACCAGGUAGCUGUGGGAUACAGCCUCAGCAAUGGGGGAGGUUUCUUUCUCUUCCUCCUCCUCUUCUUUUUAUCCUUGAACAAAAUGGAUUUAGAAAAAAAAAAGUGCUGGUGAUACACAGGCACCAUGAAUCUCAAGACUAUUGUGGACCCAGAGUUCAGGGGCCAGAGGUAUUUUGUAGUUACUACAGUGAUCUGGCUGAUCAGCAUGAACAAGAUUUUCUUUUCUUUUUUUAAGGGAAUAAAACAGAAUAAAAUGAAACAAAACAGCAAGAACCCAGUGUUGUGGCCCACCCCAACCUCAUGCAGUCAUGGGGAUGGCUGAACCUAGCGUUUGUGGUUGGUUUGUUGUAUAGCAUUGAGAUUGGUGGUGUGAGUGCUGCACCCAGCAUACAACCUAAGGCAGGAGUGUAGGCACACUUUUCUCCCUUGUUGCUUUUGCUUUUGCUGCUUGCAGCCACCAUGAACAGUUGCUCCUCAGCCAUGUCACCCUGCCUUGGAGCCAACUGAGCAUGGACUGAAACCUCAAAAACUGUAAGCUAAAUAAACCCCUUCUCUAA